AUGGAGAGGGCAGUGCCGGUGCGGAAGACGCACGCCUCGACGGCGGGCCUGCUCGCCUGGUCGGAGGAGGGCUCCGCCGCGGCGGCCGCCACCCCGUCUCCCGCCUCGCGCCCCUGCCUCAAGCCGGCCGGUGGGAUCACGCCCGCGAUGUUUGGCGCGCCGGUCACCGAGCACGAGGCCGAGGAUCUGAGCAAGAGGAAAAUGUGCUCUGGCUCAAAGAUGAAAGAAAUGACUGGGAGUGGAAUAUUUGCUGCGUCUGGUGGAACUGAUAAUUUUGAGUCUGGUUCUGGUGCAGCAAAUCCUCCUAACAAAACUACUUUGAGGAUGUAUCAGCAAACUGUCACUGGCAUGAGUCAGAUAACAUUUAGUGCAGAGGGAAGUGUGUCCCCCAAGAAGCCAUCCUCAUUGCCUGAGGUGGCCAAGCAACGAGAGCUUAGUGGCACCCUGGAGAGUGAAGCUGCUUCUAAAACGGCAAAGCAGAUCUCAGAAUCGAAGAGCAAGGAGCUGAGUGGGAGUGAUAUCUUUGGACCACCCCCUGAGGUUCCUGCUAGGCCCUUGGCUGCUCGCAAUCUGGAGCUGCGAGGAAACUUGGAUUUUGCACUUCCACAGCCAAGAAGCAUUCACACAUCAGUUAAAGUGUCCAAUCCUGCUGGAGGUCGGAGCAACAUCGUUUUCGGCGAGGAACCAGUGGUCAAGACAGCAAAAAAGAUUCACGAUCAGAAAUUCCACGAGCUGACUGGAAACAACAUCUUCAAAGAAGAUGCUCCCCCUGGCUCCGGUGAGAAGGCCCUGAGCACGGCGAAAUUGAGGGAGAUGAGUGGCAGCAACAUCUUCGCCGACGGAAAGGUGGCUUCCCGGGACUACUUUGGCGGCGUCCGGAAGCCUCCUGGUGGUGGGAGCAGCAUUGCGUUGGUCUAGGAUCUCGUCUCAUCAGUCUGUAGCGGCCAGUGUGGCAACCGGACAAUGCUACUGUUUUAGUAGCAUUGCAUCACUCUUGGCUUCAUUCUAGAUGAAGCAUAACUUUAUUCUGUGUGUGUGUGUUUGCAUCUUUAACUUCUGAAUUGGUUGUGUUUAAUUAGCGGACCGCUUCUUUUAAGCUACACUUGUGUGUGCCGUGUGCAUUUUAAAUAGAGUAGACCUACAUGCUGCUUCACUCA